CUACUGGGUAUCCAGGGGAUGGGGAAGGCAGUGGGGGGAGGGGCGGUAACCAGACAAACAGAAACUGAAGCAUAAAAGGGAACAAAGACCACGUAUUUGGGGGAGGGUGGGGGAGGGUGAAAAAGGGAAAACAGGAAGUGGGAGAAACGGGUGUGAGAUUGAGGGCAGCUCAAAGGAAACAACUAAAAUUGGGGUUGGGGAAAGAGGGAUGAGGUGAGGCUGUAGAGGGAAGGAGGGGGAUGGGAGCAAGCUAUGGGGGAGCAUCAGGCAGGCCAAGGGCUCCCCUCUUCCCAUCCUUAUCACCCUAAGACUCUGUCCCUUCCUCUCCCCUCUCCAACUCUUGAACCGUCACUGACAUGGCAGCUAAUUGUGGAGGUGGGGGGAGGACGGGGCCUUUACUGCUGUACAGGGAAUUGGGGCCCUGCCAGGGGAGUGAGGGAUCUCUAGACCACCCCACUUCCCUGAAAAAUACUUGAACAUUCAUCUGUACUGAAGUGUUACUUGAACUUAGGGAACUUUGGGGAUGGGGAGGUGGGAGUUUGGGGGAGGGGAAAAGGGGUGGGGAAGUUAUCAGUUUGGAUUGGGUCAUUGGCAAUUUGGACUGGGACAUUCCCAGCCUUACUCUUACUGUAUCUAUCCUCUCCCACCCUCCACCAGGGGCCAGACAGCCAGUGAUGGGGAGAAGGGACUCCCCAAAACUGGUUAUUUCCACCCCUUUUGUUGUCAUGGAAACUUGCAUCCCAUUUGCCCAGGGAAAUGCCACUCCUGGUUGCCAAGGAAAUAGCAGCCAAUGGACACACUCCCAAAGCCAGUGCCCCAGCUGGAAAGGCCCCUCUAGGUUGCCAUGGGAACUUCCAGGGUUUUUUUUUUUUCCUUUCUCCUCUCCUCUCUUUUACUCAUCCCUGUCACUAUAGUAACAGCCACUCCCCCUGAAACUCCACCCAAGAGGCGUGGCUUGGGGGGGGGUGUCUCUGCAGCUAGCUCCGCCCUGUGGGUUUGUCCUGGGGAAGAUACCCCAAGCCCCAAAGGGAGGAGUGGCUGAGGAGGCUAUCCUUAGGCCACAUGGACUAAACCACUUGGGAGAGAGUGGGGAGGGCAGAGGGCAGAGUGAACCACAUACCUCAGGUAACAGGGAGGGAAAAGGAUUGGGGGGAGGGAGGGAAAAGGUGGACCAAAGGCCGGGAGGGAGGGGGUUUAGGGGGAGGGAGAGUCAGUCUGGAGAUGGAGCUAGAGAAGAUUUGAAGGAUGAGGGCACACAAAGGGAAAGGGAUAAAAUGGGAACAAGGGGAGUGGGCUGGGCUGGGCCCCAGGCCCCCUGGAUCUCGGAAUUGUACAAUAUGGUUUGCUAUAAAACAUAAAAUCUUCCAGCUGAGGGCUGUGGUGUGUCUAUUUUGUUGAAGUAGAAAGGUGGGGUACUUUGGGAGGAAACCUAAACUCCUGGGCCCUGAAAGUGUGAGCACUGUCGGGAACGUAAAGUGAGUUCCUGAACUGAAACAGAGAUUGGACUAGCUAAAUUCCACGGUCUCUUCGUAACACUUAGGAUGUUAAGAAUACUCCAAUCUCACUCUCUGCCCUAAGCUUAAGAUUUUGGCCGAGUUGAUUUUUAUGGGACUUUGUCCCCAUAAGAUUUAACUCUUCUGACCCAGAGGGGAGGAGGCAUAUCUAAGAUGCAGGUUUUUGCUGCGUCUGUGUCCAUCCGUCCUCCAUGCGGUGCUGGGGUGGGGGAGUGAAGGGAAGUAACCUGGUUUCAUUCAACCAAGAUUCCCGAGUGCUGUAGAGGGUAGCUCAAUGCAGACACAUUUCUGGGUCUUUGGGCCAGAGUAUUCGGACUGUGGAUUUGGUCUCUCCCCAGCUCCUCCCUCAUCAUGUGGCUGCGCCCCCCCCCGUCCCCGCCCCUAGAUCCAGUUCCUGUUUCUGCCUCUCCUGCUUCUCAGCCCCUGGGGCUCCCGCCUCCUACUCCUCUAGGGCCCUCUUUGCCCGAGGCUCUAAACUGACUUCUUCCUUCUGGGAACCCAAGCAUCCUAACUCCAUCUAGUUCAGAUGCUCCCCUUUCCUUUCCUUUCCCUACCGCCCACCCCACUUCUAGAGCUGACCAGCAAACUCAGGAUGCCCAGGGGCUCUCCCCUAUUUCCUUUUAAUUCUUAAAACUAUCCCUGCGCCGGCAUAGCUUCUUGGCCUCCCAUCCUGAAUCAGCGGGUUCUGCUUUGCUCCCCCUUUCUUAGGAAUCAGGUGGUCCAAUUUCUAGAGCCUCUCCCCUUUAGGCUUAGCCCCUGCCUCAGCUCCGGGGUCUCUCCUUCCCCCCCUCCCCAUUUGCCUGGAUUCUCCAGGAUGCAAGGAGGAGAGGGGGAUGCAGGAGAACAGGCCCCCCUUAACCCUGAGGCUGGAGAGAGCCCUGGAGGUUCAGCCACCUACCGGGACUUUGUGCAUCGAGGCUACCUGGACCUCAUGGGAGCCAGCCAACAUUCAUUGCGGGCCCUUAGCUGGCGCCGCCUCUACCUCAGCCGAGCCAAACUGAAGGCCUCCAGCCGAACAUCUGCCUUGCUCUCCGGUUUUGCCAUGGUGGCCAUGGUGGAGGUCCAACUAGAGACCGACCACGACUACCCGCCGGGGCUGCUGGUGGCUUUUAGCGCCUGUACCACAGUGCUGGUAGCCGUUCACCUCUUCGCCCUCAUGGUGUCCACCUGCCUGCUGCCCCACAUUGAGGCCGUCAGCAACAUUCACAACCUCAAUUCUGUCCACCAGUCUCCCCAUCAGCGACUCCACCGCUAUGUGGAGCUGGCCUGGGGGUUUUCCACAGCCUUGGGCACUUUCCUUUUCCUAGCUGAAGUGGUCUUGGUUGGCUGGGUGAAGUUCAUGCCCAUUGGGGGGCCUACGGUGGCCCCUGUGCCUGAGAUCCCUUCCUCCUUGACCUCAAGAGGUCCAGAAAGCCAUUUACCUGAUGCACCAACCUCCACGGGCCCAAAUCCUGGACUAUCCCUGACAGAGCCAGUGGUCCCCUUGAAUCCCCCAACCGUGACCUCAGUCUCGCAAACGCCACCUAGAGUUGGACCCUCGGCUGUGACCUGCUCGCAAAGGUGUGAGGGGCCAGUGGCCUCACCACAUGGGCCUGGAUGGCAUGCUGCAAUGGCCUCAACAGUGAUCAUGGUACCUGUGGGCCUGGUUUUUGUGGCCUUUGCCCUCCACUUUUACCGAUCUCUGGUCACUCAUAAAACAGACCGGCACCAGCAGGAGCUGGAAGAGCUGAGCCGCCUCCAGGGAGAACUUCAGGCCGUUUGAAGUGAGAGAAAGCAAGGGAAGAAACAGGGCUUUGGGAAGAAGCAAAUGGAAGAGGAAGCAGCAAUGGACUAGAAGGGGCCCCAGCAACAAAACUACAGGUGGGCCCUGGAACGAGGCCCCUGGCAGCCGUGGGCCCAGAGGAAGAGCCCUAUCACAAAGUGGAAAAAUGCAUUCAGGCAGAGGGACAUGAUUUCCUCCCCCUCUUCCCCAUAGCUCUGAAAACAGUGGGGAGGGUCAGGUCGGGCUGAGCUCUCAGGGAGAUCCCAGGGACACACAGCACCACCCAAGUGGUUUUCUCUAAGCUGAGCGCCGAUUCCCUUGCCUUCCCUUUUCCAUAGGGCCUGGAGUGGCUUGGUAUAUUCUGAGGCCCUCCUCACAAAGGCAUCUUCUUCAGAAAAGUAUACAUUUGAUCCACAAUGGUUUUUGUAUCAAUGACAACUUCUCAGUGGCAGCUCCUAAAGUAUUAGCUCCUCCCCUUUCCUAGGUUCUCUCCCAGUAGAUUUAUGCUUGCUGGAGGAAUUCUCAAAGCCACAGCCAACUUCUCUGAGGAAUCCCCCAAGCAUGCCAUUUAAGGAAGCCUUUCAGGACUGUCCAAGUUUUAUCUUGAUCCUACCUCUUGAGCUCCAAAGCUGUGGGGUGGAGGUAGGUUCUCCUUAGGGUACAAGACUUGUCUCCUUACCCCCUGCCUUGGAACUGUGAGUCACCUUUCCACUUGGGUAGAUCCUACAAUGCUGACCUACAACUUUUACGUUUUAUUUUCAAGUUCUUAGGAGUCCUAGGGAUAGGUCACACAACACUGCCUCCAAAUUGGAGGGCCCCCUCCAGUUGCCUCUUUAUUUUAAGUACUGCCCCAAGGCUCUAAUGCAUCAGAAGAAAUUGCCUUACCUCCAAACACAGCCUUUUUUUCCUGGUCUUUGUGGCAACAUCACCUGUCCCUCUCAAAGUUCCAUCUUUCCCUCCUCCUGACCAGAGUGGGAACAAGGGAGAGGGGCUGGUAAAGGGGGAACAGAGAGAUAGGCUUCCAUGGAAGAGGUCCUGUCCAGUCCCAACAAUCAUAGCCCACAUAGGCUUUGCCUCACACUAAGCACCCCAGGGAUCCUUCCCCUUCCUCUGUAAUGUUGGUGGAUCAACUCUGACACUGAAUUUUCACUGCACCUUUUUUUUGUACAAUAAACCUUGUUUGAAACCAUCA